CGUAGAGCCAGCUGGAACCAUGGGGUUGGAUUCGAAUUCCGGAGAAUUUAAACGGCCUUUAGAGUUGUAGGGAGUGGGGCGUGUAACGGCCGCCCAAGCCCCAGCAGGUCACAUAUGAAACAGAUUUACCAAAACAUCAAAUUAUGCAGAAAAUCUCCAAGAGAAAUAGUAAUUCACCUACUGCUGGUAAAGAACUGAACUCUGUUUGUCCUGAUAAGAAGAAGAAAGAAAAUAAAGACAAUUUUGUUGAAAUAUUACCUCCAGAAGUCACUUUUAAAAUUUUUAGCCAACUCGACAUUCAGAGUUUAUGCCGGGCUGCAACAACAUGUAAGAGUUGGAAUCAAGAAAUCAAGAAUUGUGACUACUUAUGGAAACACCACUGUUUGACUGUCAGAGCUAUAUGUCAAAAAGAAAUAGAUGGCGAUCGAGGAAAUGGAUAUUCAUGGAGGGUAACACUAUUGAGGAACUACUGGAAGAGUAAGGUAAAGCAUGAAUGGCUAAGUGGCAGAUACAGCAACAUUUGCUCUCCUGUUAGCCUGCCAGAAAAAAAUAUGUGCCCUAUGGAUGCAGAAACCUGGGGGGAAAUUCUAGAAGCAGAACUUGAAAGAUAAACUGAAAAAUCCAGAAGAGGUCUCAACUUUCAAGAGUUGAAAGCAAACAUUAUUAUGGUGCAAAUACUCUGUACCUUUAUUUACUCGCUGUUCAUUUGUUUUAUUUGUGAACUUUUAAAAGAAUAUUAUAUGAAAUAUAAAUCUUUAUUUUGCACUUUACUCCUUCCCACCAAAAUUUUUAUUUGAUAUUUUUAUUGUAAGAAUGAGAAUUCCAGUGAUGCUAUUUCUAAAAGACAUACUAAACUGCUGAAUUGGUUUCGAGAUUUGUGUAAUAUUGGUUUUUAUAAAAUGCUAUAUAUUAUUGUGAAGUAAUAGGAAUAGGAAAAAGUAGUAGAGUUUGAAGAAGUUGUUUCUAGUAUUUUAAAUGAAAAGUUCAGUAUCUUCAGGAAUAGAAUUUGUUCAAAACAGAGUACUCUUAAAUUGUGUUCUAUGAUAUGCCAAAAAAAAAAAAAAAGAGAGAGAGAGAGAGAGAGAGAUUUAAAGAGCUAACAACUAUUUGGGAAAAUGUCCCUAACAUAAGCAAACUUUUCCUUCUCUAACUAGAUAUGUUUAGAUGUUAUAACAGCAAAUAAAUCUGACCAAAUAAAGAAAGGAUAUUAAAGCACUUGGAAGUGUCACACAGCCAUAAGAAUCAUAGACUCACAGAAAUUGAAGGUUGGAAGGGACCUCCACAGUCAUCUCCUGUAACUCAAAACCAAAAGGAUGGCUGCUAUAAUAUACCUGGCAUCUGAUCGUUCAGCCUCCGAGAAGGAGGAACCCACAAACCAUCCCUUAGACCUCAGAGCACCAUCUAGUGGAUUAAUGUCAAAUAACAAGAGUGAUUUUAAGGAGCCGGGAAGUGUUUUCACCAGCUGCUACACUUCAGCCAGUCUGUGACAUCACUAAUAUGGUCACUCCCUCCAGUAAUGGAACUGGUGAUUUAUUAGUACUUGCUCCUGUGACUCCUGGCUGCAUGUUCUGCAAAUUCCCCACAGGGGAUCUACCUCCUGGGCUUUCUUCUCAAUUGCAUCCUUCAAUCAACUGUGUUCUUGUAAAGAUGUGAUUUGCUGGAGAAUAUUAUUUAUAAAAACUUCUCAGUUCACAUCCUUCAGUCAACUGAAUUAUUGUAAAGAUAUGAUCUGCUGGAGAAUAUCGUUUAUUAAAAACCUCCCUGUUCUCAAA